AUGGUCGUGGUGGUCGCUCACUUGCUUGCAGGUGAGACUACGCCUAAUGUUCACUUGCUGGCACUCAACUCUCACCUGUGGCUCCACGUAGCUGGGCUCUGCUCAGCGGCCACACCCCGGGCAACCGUCUCGACCGGCGGGCUAAACCAGGUGAGGGGGCCCUGUGCGCUGUGCCGUGUGCACAGGGUUUGCGGAUUCCGCUGGAUGGAAGGUCGGAUGGAACCUUGCGUCGGCACCGUCGUGACGUGGUUCGUCUCUGCACGUCGCUGGACAGCCGGUGACGGGAUGGAUCUCCACAUCGACAUCGCCUUGACGCGCCCAUCUACGCCGUCGGAGACCGCGGCUUACGGCGAAUUGGAGUCGCUCUCCACUACAACCCGAAGUCGUGGCCCCAUAGUGGAGUUCGGCCGUGCCACAACGGCACAUGGCAGCCCUAUUCAGGGAUGGCACUGCCAGCCCCCACGGGGGGAAGGGCCUAGAAAAGGUGGCCUAAACAUUGCUGGGCACCACGCCGUCUUCAGACUGGCCAGGGCCGCAGACUUCUAAACAUGGUCGAAACAAUCAAAAUCGAAACAACAACAAUACCUAUAACAACAACAACAACAACAACAACAACAACAACAACAACAACAACAAUACUCGCUCACCUCAUCCUACCUCUUCUUUCUCGUCCUCUGCCUAUUCUUCUGCCUAUUCUUCUCCUUCGUCAUCUUCUUCUCCACCUCCCGCCCGUCGCCCCACUCGUUGUCACCAGACUUGCAGGGUGAGUCCGCUCACUCUGGCAGCCUGGAAUGUUCGUUCCCUUUUAGACAAUCCGAGGAGCAACCGACCGGAACGAAGGACGGCGCUAGUCGCACGGGAACUGGCGCGCUACAAGGUGGACAUCGCCGCACUCAGCGAGACCCGAUUCUCCGAACAAGGCCAACUGGAGGAGGUGGGUGCCGGUUACACCUUCUUCUGGAGCGGUCGACCCAGGGCAGAGGGACGGGACGCGGGUGUCGCCUUCGCCAUUCGGAACGACAUCGUGGGACGACUGCCCAGUCUGCCGCAGGGCAUCAACGAUCGCCUGACGAGCCUCCGCCUGCCUCUCCGGGGUGGGGCGAAAUUCGCCACCAUCAUCAGCGCCUACGCUCCGACGAUGACCAACACCGACGCCGUCAGAGACAAAUUAUACGAAGACCUGCACGCCCUCUUGGCGACUGUGCCGAAGGCGGACAAGUUGAUUGUCCUUGGCGACUUCAACGCCCGCGUCGGCACAGACCAUUCUGCCUGGAGAGGAGUGCUGGGUCCCCACGGUCUCCGCGGCUCAAACGACAAUGUUCUGCUGCUUCUCCGCAUCUGCGCAGAACACCGCCUCAUCCUGACGAACACCUUCUUCUGUCUGCCGGAGCGAGAGAACGCCACCUGGAGGCAUCCUCGAUCGCGCCAGUGGCACCUGCUGGACUAUGUCCUCGUCCGGAGGCGAGAUCAGUGGGACGUGCUGGUGACAAAGACGAUCGCGGGCGCUGACGGGUGGACCGACCAUCGCCUCGUCAUCUCGAAGAUGCGUAUUCGCCUACAGCCUCGCAGAAGACCACAAGGUAAGCGACCCCCAGGUAAGCCGAAUGUUGCCUUGUUGUCUUUGCCCGCUCACCAUCUUCAUUUCAGCGAUGAGCUAGCUCAAAGGCUAGACAACAUUCCUAUCGCUGCCGACGCUGCCGCUGCCGAGAACGCCGCCGUGGAGACCCGCUGGUGUCAACUGCGAGACACGGUCCAGUCGACGGCGCUCGCCGUCCUCGGUCGCGCUCCACGCCAACACCAGGACUGGUUCGACAACAACGACGCCGCCAUCAGAAAUCUGCUUGCUGAGAAGAACUGCCGACUCCAAGCGUCAGCGAUAUACUCUUCUCAGAAGGCAUUGUCCGAAGACAAUUAG